GAUAACGGUCACGUUCAACAUCAACAACAGCAUCCCCCCCUCAGCUGAUGAUGAGGCACCAGAAGAGCAGAAACCUGAUGAGCAGGAGCCUGAUUUGACAUCAACUCCAAACUUUGUCGUGGAAGUGAUCAAAGAUGACACAAAGCAGACUCUUGUCCUUGACUGCCAUUAUCCUGAAGAUGAGGUUGGACAUGAGGGAGAGGAGGAGAGUGACAUUUUCACAAUCAGGGAGGUGAGUUUUCAGCCCACUGGAGAGUCAGACUGGAAGGACACCAACUACACCCUCAACACAGAUUCCCUGGACUGGGCUCUGUAUGAUCACUUGAUGGAUUUCCUGGCUGACCGAGGGGUGGACAACACAUUUGCUGAUGAGUUAAUAGAGCUCAGCACUGCACUGGAGCACCAGGAGUACAUUAAAUUCCUUGAAGACCUUAAAAGCUUUGUCAAAUGUCAGUAG